AUUGCAUCAGCACAAAUAUGCAUCCGCCCCUUGUGCUGUUGUAGCGCACCCAUUGGUUCAAAUCCAAUGACGUCAUUGUGAAAAGGGUCUUUAUAAAAUCAGAAGUGAUCGAGACUUUUCUAGACAUUUGAAUUUUAGCUCUGAGAAAUGUUUACUUCAAAGAUUCGCUCUCUCGAUUUCAUCGUUUUACUAGUACAACAAAAAUAUCGUCCUUGUUCCAAAUUCUAAUUGUGAAACAAAAAUUGUGUGUACCUUAUUAAGGAACCAUCAAGUCGUCGCCAGCAUGCAAAUCAUCGUGAUACAACCAGGCAGCCAGGCUGCGUUGAACCUUGCUGAAGCCCAUCAACUUGCUUAUAGUUCAUCUUCUUCAACAGGAGAAGGUUCAGAAGUUGAGUGUGAAACAAAUGGAGAAGAUAAUUCUCAAAAACAACCCACAAGAAAAAGGCAGAGGCUUGAUCACAUGACUGAACAAGAAAAGUUCUUGAGGAGAAAACUGAAAAAUAGAGUUGCAGCACAAACUGCCCGAGAUAAAAAGAAAGCCAAAAUGGAUGAACUGGAAGAACUUGUUAAUAACCUUACAGCAGAGAACAAUCACCUCAGAGCUGAAAACCAGCGACUUCUAGCUGAAAAUGCUAGGUUGACAGGCAACCACCACAGUGUACUAGAAGAUCCAGUUCCCAAAUCAAUGGAAAGGAUUGUGUAUCCUGUUGAGUCAGCCGCACUCAUUAAUGGACCUCUGCCGCAGGGACAGGGUUACACUCCAUCUAUGGUUUUGAAACUGCUUCUACACCUGAUGCUGGUUCUGCAAUCCCCUGCAGUCCACUUAAAGUCAAACAAACUGAAAAGGUUUACCAAGGCCGACAUUCACAGCCAAUACUUCACCCCAUUCCAACAGUUAAAAAACUGCCCAUUAAACGACGCACAGUCGCCAACACAGCGGUCUCAGAAGUACCCACCAUAGCAAUGAAGGAAGCAGAAGGAAAUAUUGACAUUCUAAAUUGGCUUACUAAAGCUGUGUUGGAAAGUGAAGAUGUUCAUGCGAAAAACUUGCCAUUUCCUACAAAAACUGAAACCGAUGACUUUGAUCUGCUACAAUACGUUGAGGCUUCAGACGAUGGCGACAACUUAGAUGAAAAGAUUAUUGACAGUCUAAUGUCGUUCGAAACUCAAACUAUCGUAGACUUCUCUAGCGAACUUGCUAAAUCUUUUCCGGAAAUUAGAGAAUGUAACAAUGAUUUAUUGGAAAGAGCAAUGGAAUGUCCAGCGUCGCCGUUUUGCAAGUCUGAAGAAAUCGUCGACUAUGUCGAAAAUACAAAUAGUAUUUCUGGUUCCCCUAUAUGUGAAGAAGAUAUGCAGGAACCUGAUUGGCUUUCAACAUGGGAUUGUGUGUAAUCCCAAUGCAACUUUAUGUCCGAUCUUUCACAUCUAAUUUAUGUACUUCUUGUUUAUUCGUCACAUAUUGUCUAUUUUUUCAAGUGAUACAUGAUCUUGUAAUUUGUCAUAGAAAUACAGAAAUACUGUUCAUCUUUCA